CUCGGAGACCCGGCGGAGGUUGGCAGAUGCCGCUUAGCGGAGAGACCAAACACGAGGGCAUGGGACGACAUCACAGUCGAGUCUGAGUCGACGGCAGGGUACUUAGUCAGGUUCACCACGGAAGCAAGCAUAGCUCGGCAGCAAUUCGGCGUAUCGUACAGUACCUUAGAAUUCAGAAACUGUAGCAGUUUAGUAUAGUAGAACGCAAUGUCCGUCUUCACACCAGCCAUUGACACCCAGGCCUUCGCCGCCACUUCUCUGGCAACGACCGUCCUUCUCGUCAAGUUCUUGAUGACCGUUGGUAUCCAAGGCGGCCACCGGUUCAAGGCUGGCUCCCGACCCCCAGAAGAUGCCAAGCUGGGCUUGGCCAGCAAGAUUGGCAAGGGUGUUGUGCAGAACUAUGGCGUGGGUGAGGCGGAUAAGAAUGAUGACCCGAAGGUUAAGAAGGCCAAGAUGGACAGUCUACGAUGGAACAGAAUCGUCAUGAACGAUCUUGAGAACAUUCCUUUUGGACUGAUCGCUGCAUGGUCGUCUCUGCUGGCGCCUUUCAGCGCCAAAGUGCACACGGUGUUGGUGUUGGGAUUCGCUGCUGCUCGUGUCUUCCACACGAUCGUGUACGCAAAGGAACUCCAGCCUCAUCGCGGAGCGGCGUGGGGAGCUGGCUGGGUGUUCAUUUUCGGUCUCGCCGCGAAUGGCCUCCUUGGGGCUCUUUCUCUGCUCGCAAAGUAAGCUGUCCAACGAAUGAUUUGGCUUCCCAUAAUCUGGAGGUCCAUAUCACAA